AGCCCCAGCCGAAGGAACAUUAACAAACCGCCCGCCGCUUCCUUCACGUAAUCUCGCGUCUCCUCCGCCGCCCCCGUCUUCUCCUCCCCUCUUGCUAAAGCAAAGCAACCUGCAACCCGCAAUUAUUCCUCCCCCGCACGCGAAAUCCGCCCGCAGCUCUUCGUCCCCGGAGGACCAAGCCUGCGCACCAGAGAUGUCGUACGCCUACCUGUUCAAGUACAUCAUCAUCGGCGACACAGGCGUCGGCAAGUCGUGCCUGCUGCUGCAGUUCACCGACAAGCGAUUCCAGCCCGUCCACGACCUCACCAUCGGCGUCGAGUUCGGGGCCCGGAUGAUCACCAUCGACAACAAGCCCAUCAAGCUCCAGAUUUGGGACACGGCUGGUCAAGAGUCAUUCAGAUCCAUAACUAGAUCAUACUACAGAGGCGCUGCUGGUGCUCUUUUGGUUUAUGACAUAACUAGGAGGGAGACUUUCAACCACCUUGCAAGCUGGCUGGAGGAUGCGAGACAGCACGCCAAUGCUAACAUGACAAUAAUGCUUGUUGGGAACAAGUGCGAUCUGUCUCACAGGCGUGCGGUGAGCUAUGAGGAAGGCGAGCAGUUUGCAAAAGAACAUGGUCUUAUCUUCAUGGAAGCCUCUGCGAAGACCGCACAGAAUGUCGAGGAGGCAUUUGUUAAGACUGCUGGAGCAAUCUACAAGAAGAUUCAAGAUGGUGUUUUCGAUGUAUCUAAUGAGUCCUAUGGAAUCAAAGUUGGAUAUGCAAUCCCUGGGCAAUCUGGAGGUGCUGGUAGCUCGUCUUCUCAAGGUGGUGGCUGCUGCAGCUAAUCUGCUAACGCCGUUAACAAAUGCAUAUCUGUCGUGUGUCACAUACCAGCUGCGCUGUGAAAAAUAGUUAUUGCUGCUCCAGGGUGCCUUGUUAUUUGACGCACCAAUGGAUCCUGUGCCUGAUCGACUUGAGAGAUUCAGUUUAUUUACGUCAGGUGUUUAUAAACUCCCUGUAAAUCACUAGAUUCUUCACUGUUUUCCGUCAUUAGGCACUCAACAAUCGUGUGUCCGUUUGCAUGUGUAAAUAAGGCACAUCUACAUAUUGUUUGAUAUGAUAUUAAUUUGUCCUGUUCGAAU